AUGGCGCAGGCAAUAACUGAGGUCUUCAUGACACACGGCGCUUUGGUGACAGUCUUGUCACCAUUAAUCCUGUCGGCCGCUGCCGAAUUGCAGGAGCACGUGGACGGCGACAACUCCGGCAUCAGCAGCCCGCCUGUGUGGACACAGAUCCGAGGGGAUGAUCGCCGAAUUCAAGGCCAUCCCCUCUUCCCCGCCACACUCCAUUAUGGAAGUGAGUCUCGGUCGCCGUCCCCUCAAGCCGGCGCCUCAAAAGCUCCCACCUUGCCUGCCGAAGAACGGGGGCGAGGAACUCAGCGUGGCAAGCGUCCCCAGGCCUCUAGCGCCCGUAGCCGAAGCCGCACGGCGAUCUCCAAGAAGCAGCGCGGCAAGUCCAGGGCUAUCAUCACGACCGAUGAUGAGCUUGAUGAGGACUCUGACGAGGUGGCCCCACCGCCAACUAAAGUCACUACCGAGGACGAGAUGGACGCCAAUGAAGAGCGCGUUAUCACGGUCGUGCCGAAGAUGGGCGCUAAGAAAAUUACCAACUUUUCAGGUGCCAUCUUGACGGAAGAUGAGUUCGCCGAUACUUCGGCGCCCAAUGGGCUCCUCGCUGUGGCCAAUGGCUUCAACAAGAAUAACGGCCGGACAUUGAAGGUUUGUGCGCUGUGCAGCCGCCUCAAGAUUCAUUGCGGUGGGAAAGGCUCCAACCCUCCCUCAGCCAAAGGCAAGUCCUCGGCUGCCCGCCAAGCGCGUUCUCAGUCCUGGCGCCGCCCUUCGCCGAUACAAGAAGAUCCAGCUCCAGACGCCAGCCCGUUGGUCGAGGAAGAGCCGGUGCCUCCUGCAACACCGGCGGUUGCCAAUCCCGAGUCGUCCCAAACGCUGGACGAUCCCGAGGCCGCCGGCCCAUCAUCCAUCUUGCCGCCAUCCUGUGUCGCCCAUGACCAGGAAAUGGAAGCACUGAAGCUGGAAGUUGCCAGGCUUCGUUCAACCGUCGAAGUCCUGGUAGCGCAGGUGGUGGCAGGCGACCAGCUGCUACAAGCUGCGUACACGUGCUUGGAUGCGCAAGACAACCGCACUGAUCUGCUCGCCGGCAAGAUCGCCGACAUUCACCGCCUCGUCGAUCCACCUUCCUCGGCGCCCCCCACAGAUAUCGCUGCUGAUGAGUCUGAUGAGUUGGCUGCUGGUCCAGCCAAUGACGAGGAUGCGGCAUGCUUGCCAAUCGCCAUCAAGACUCCUGAGGCGGAGGACUCUAAUGUUUCUGGUGAGCCGGCAAUGUAA